AGCCCAGCAGGACAACUGAUGGGGUCCCCCAGGACCCAUCGAGUACCCAACUGGCUGACCCCAUAGGGUUGGGAGUAGCCCUUGCCCCUCAGUAUGGCCAACACCACAGGAGAGCCCGAGGAGGUGAGCGGCGCACUGUCCCCACCAUCAGCAUCGGCUUACGUGAAGCUGGUGCUGCUGGGACUUAUCAUGUGCGUGAGCCUGGCAGGCAACGCCAUCUUGUCCCUGCUGGUGCUCAAGGAGCGUGCCCUGCACAAGGCUCCUUACUACUUUCUGCUGGACCUGUGCUUAGCCGAUGGCAUACGCUCUGCCGUCUGCUUCCCCUUUGUACUGGCUUCUGUGCGCCAUGGCUCCUCGUGGACCUUCAGUGCACUCAGCUGUAAGAUUGUGGCCUUUAUGGCCGUGCUCUUUUGCUUCCAUGCAGCCUUUAUGCUGUUCUGCAUCAGUGUCACCCGCUACAUGGCCAUCGCCCACCACCGCUUCUACGCCAAGCGCAUGACACUCUGGACAUGCGCAGCUGUCAUCUGCAUGGCCUGGACCCUGUCUGUGGCCAUGGCAUUCCCACCUGUCUUCGAUGUGGGCACCUACAAGUUUAUCCGGGAGGAGGACCAGUGCAUCUUUGAGCAUCGUUACUUCAAAGCCAAUGACACCCUGGGCUUCAUGCUUAUGUUGGCUGUGCUCAUGGCAGCCACACAUGCCGUCUAUGGCAAGCUGCUCCUCUUUGAGUAUCGUCACCGCAAGAUGAAGCCAGUGCAGAUGGUACCAGCCAUCAGUCAGAACUGGACAUUCCAUGGCCCUGGGGCCACCGGCCAGGCUGCUGCCAACUGGAUCGCCGGCUUUGGCCGAGGGCCCAUGCCACCAACCCUGCUGGGUAUCCGGCAGAAUGGGCAUGCAGCCAGCCGGCGACUGCUGGGCAUGGACGAGGUCAAGGGUGAAAAGCAGCUGGGCCGCAUGUUCUACGCAAUCACACUGCUCUUUCUGCUCCUCUGGUCACCUUACAUUGUGGCCUGCUACUGGCGAGUGUUUGUGAAAGCCUGUGCUGUGCCCCACCGCUACCUGGCCACCGCUGUUUGGAUGAGCUUCGCCCAGGCUGCCGUCAACCCGAUCGUCUGCUUCCUGCUCAAUAAGGACCUCAAGAAGUGCCUGAGGACUCAUGCCCCUUGCUGGGGUACAGGAGGUGCCCCAGCUCCCAGAGAACCCUACUGUGUCAUGUGAAGCAGGAGGGUAGGCAGACAGGCAGGGAAAAGGUCAUAGCCACCAUGAUGGGGCCAAGAGCAAGGGAGGGGUGGGACCCCACACAGGAGCCUUCUUUUCAGAGCUCCAGCCCCAGCCCCUCAAACUAUCCUUAAUCGAGGCAUCUUUGCCAACACCUCCCCAGGGUGGGAGACUGGGUGGGGAACAGGGAAAGAGGCAUUUCUAGUUUUGUGGAGCCUGUCUCCACAGCCUCCUUCUCCACUUCUACAAUCUCUCUCUCUCUCUCUCUCUCUCUCUCUCUCUCUCUCUCUCUC